GGCGGCCGCCGGGCUUCCUGCUGACGCCGGAGAGCCGCGGAUGGGCAGGAAAGGGCGCCUCUCCUCCCGCCUCGCCCCGGCGACAGCAGCGCGUAGCGGUGUCCGGAAGAAGCACGGCGGAGAGCGCGCAGGUACAAGACGGGCCCGGCGGCCAGGAGGUCCGGGCGGCCGCGCCGAGGGGAGUGUGCCGGCCAUGGCCGUCGCCGCUUCUUGAAUGCUGCCAGCUGCCCCUCCGCCGCCGAUGGCCGAAGCCUGGAGGCUGGAGGAGGACGAGGAGGAGCUGUGGGAGCUCGGCAGGAGGCACCGGAGGGUCGCGCUGAGCUCGGCGGCAGAUCGCUCAGAAAGAAAUAAACCAGACUGCCGCUCUUCAGGCCAAGGACCUUUGUCAUCCAUAAGAGCAGCAAUCAGGAGAUCUUCUCGGACCUCUAGCCAUAGUGAUCAACAGAGGGAUAGAAGGCGUCCUGAAAUUACAAUAAUUGCUGCUGAACCUCUCCGACCAUCCUCCUGGUUUCCAGGUGCAAGUCCUGUCACUCCUCAAGGGUUAGGAUUCCCUUCUGCUUCGUCUCAUGCUCAGUGGAGGAGAAAUGAGCAUCUUCCAGCUGAGCUUCCACCAUCAUACGAGCAGGUGAUAAAAGAAAUCAAUCAAGUGCAAGUCAAUACAACAAAUAACAAUAAUGCUGCUGCUUCUAGACAAACCACUACUUCUGCAACACAGACUGACUUUCCAGAGGAGCUAAUCAGCCAUUUGCCAGGAAGUAAUGUAAAAACUAGUGUAUCUACACACUGGGAGUCAGGCUGUCAAGCAGGACAGAGUCCUCUUAAACCUCCUAGGCCUCCUGCAUCUCUUCUGGGUAACUCUCCUGCCGAAUAUGAGAAUCCUUUAAUGGUCUUUGAAAAUCAUGAAAGUCAGAGGUGCCAAGUAAAUCCCAGUGCUGUGAUAUGUCCUGUGCCAAAGCCAAGAUCAAGAAGCAAUCUCAGACCUGUGGUCAAAAGUACUGAAAGUAAGACAGAAAGUGGAGAAGAAGUGAACCAGUGUACUGCAAAACAGCAGCAACCUCCAAUUCAGCAGUCACCUCUUCUAGAUGAAGAUUGCUUACUAGACAAUCACUUGGUGAUAGACAGCAUGAGUACAGAAAGGAGCCAAAAUAGUAUUGUUUCAAGGAUCAAAGUUUUUGAAUCCCAAGGCAUUAAUGAUACCUCAGGAUCAUCCAAAAAGCCAGAAAUUGCCCCUCGUUCAUUUGUCCCAAGAUCUGUUAAAAGGAAGCCAGUGAUUGCUCCAAAGCCAUGGGUAGGCAGAAUUUCAGAAGAGUGGGAUGCAUGGACUGAAAGCAAAUCAAUACCUUCCAAAGAAUUGCAGCCUCAGCCUGAAAUAGUUGGGAACAGUGUUAUAACCAAACCUGAACUGCCGAAGAAACCAAAAUCCAGCCUUGUCAAAACUAGCAAUAGUGAUUUUCUUGAUGCAAGGAGUGGAUCAGUUGCAGAAAACAGCAAUGGACAGAAGAGAUUUCCUGUUCCUGCUCCAAGGCCUCUUGUUCCUAAAAAGUCGUGUUACUCAGAAGAUCUUGCCCUUUCUUUGGCCUCCCUAAAACCAGUUGCUGCUCCUCCACGGCCUUCUCUAUCUGCCCAAGAAAAAGUUUUAACAUCUCUGGGGGAAUUGUCCCCUGCAGACAACUCCUCAGCACCUGCUUUGCAAAAUAAACUAGAUGUGGAAGGAGAUCUGAUCAGUUUUGAUGAUGAUGUUUUGCCGCUAAGUCCAGUUUCCGUAUUUAAAGAUGGCAUCAGUUCUGAAGCUACAGCAGAUCCAUUUCAAUUCCUCACCAAAAAUGAACCUGCCAAGGAACAGAUGGCUCAACCAGAUUUAGCUCGGAAACCCACUGUGAUCCGAAUCUUAGCUAAACCUGGGAAAUCUUUAAAUGACAUCCCACAUAGCCCUCCGCCACUUCCUGCUGAAAAGCCUAUUGGGAACACAUCCAAUGUCACAGUGGGAAAACCCAGCAGUGGUGACCUAGUGAAAAAAGGGGAGUUGGAUCACUCAGAACAGUGUGGAAUGCCUCAGCUAGAACCUCUGCUACCCCCAAGGCCUGUGGAUGGAAAAAUUAUACCUGCUCGACCUCCCCCACCUAAAAGUGUUCCUGGAAGGCCACCUCCACCAAAAUUCCCUGCAGCCAAGACCUCCUCCCAGAAGGAUGUUCUUUCGCGAUCUAGUUCUGACAUCGCUGCUGAUAAAAAAAACAACAAGUUCAGGCUGGGACCCAAGAGAGCAAAAAAUGCAGUCUUUAAAAAUCUAGAUCCAGCAUUACCUCCUCGACCUAAACCGGGUCAUCCUCUCUACACUAAAUACAUGCUGCCUGAGCCUCAUGGAGUUGCCGAGGACAACUGUCUUCCCAGCAACACUGGAGAACUGUUCUGUAAGGAUUCAAACCACCCUCCAAAAGUUUCUGACACAAGUGCACCUCAUGCUGUAGUCCUGCAUGAUUUUCCCGCAGAGCAUGCUGAUGACUUGGACCUUCAUUCUGGAGAUACUGUUUGUCUUUUGGAGAAAAUAGAUACCGAAUGGUAUAGAGGAAAAUGUGGGAAUCGCACAGGGAUAUUUCCCGCCAACUUUGUUAAAGUGGUUAUUGAUGUUCCAGAAGAAGCCAACAAGAAAAAAAUACCCUCUUCAUCACGAUGUAUCAAAGGUCCAAGAUGUGUAGCACGAUUUGAAUACAUUGGCGAUCAGAAAGAUGAACUCAGUUUUUCAGAAGGUGAAACUAUUAUCCUGAAAGAAUAUGUAAAUGAAGAGUGGGCCAAAGGAGAGCUCAGAGGCACGUCUGGAAUUUUCCCCUUGAACUUUGUGGAAGUAAUUGAAGAUCUGCCUGGAACAGGUACAGAAACAGCACUGAAGAAUGAAGUGGAAUUUUCGUCUUCCCUUUCUCAGAACAACAGAAGUUCCGUAGAGUGGUGUGAAGCACUUCAUGAUUUUACAGCAGAAACCAAAGAUGAUUUAUCCUUCAAAAAGGGAGACUACAUCCAAAUACUGGAACAAGUAGAUUUGGAGUGGUAUAGAGGAAGACUGAAUGGAAAAGAAGGGAUUUUCCCAGCAAUUUUUGUUCAGACCUGCUCAGCCAGGGUAGAGCUGUCACAGCCUGGAGGAGGGAAGAAAGGAAAAGCCAAAGCUCUUUAUGCUUUUCAUGGAGAAAAUGAAGAUGAGCUUUCCUUCAAAGCAGGUGACAUAAUAACAGAGCUGGAAUCUGUAGACGAGGACUGGAUGAGUGGAGAGAUACUAGGAAAGUCUGGGAUAUUUCCCAAAAACUUUGUUCAGAUCUUAAGAACACCAUGAAGUGUUGCCUUUGUACUAUUCCCUUCGUGUGGGAGAGAAUGUUUUCUACCCUAAAGGCACAGCAAAGAAAUCAACGAGUGUUGAAUAUCAGUGUUUUGCACUACUUUUUCUAGACAGUCAUAGUAAUAUCUUGAAGUCAAAUAGAAAAAAUGGAGUCUUUUAUGACAGUGUAUGUAGUGAUGUUUCAUGAAUGCUCAGAGAGCAAAACAAGCAGGCUUUUUAGCCAUUUCCGACUAGAGAAAUACUCUGGUGCAACACAAUUUUAACUUACAUAGCAUUCUAGUGUGAUUACUCUCUGGUAUUAC